GUAAUGAUGGAUACGUCAGCGUCAGGAAUGAUGAGGGCUGUCAAUGAUUUUCAGGGAGCGUGUGAGGGAAACAUCCGUGCACCUCCGAGUUCGUCCGUCAACCACACGACUAAUGACGUGGACAACAGGCAGCAAUACCAGAGUCUCCUCCAUAAAGUUUGUAAGGAACUGGCUGAGUGGUACUUCCAGGACGGAUGCUCGGUGCUGGCGGCGUGCUGCCACCUGGCUGUGGACGACAUCAAGCUAGCCAUGUCCAGUCUGAUCAGAGGCAACGAGCUUGAGCUGGCCGCGUGCGUGGGCCUCGUCCUCGGAGAUGCAGCCAAUCAGAGCACAGCUUACUGCCUGGAGCUCUUGGCCAGGAAGUACAUGACGACGCCCACAUGGGAGCUGUCGGCCGACCUGCUGGGGAUGAUUCCCGACAACCACGUUCUACUGGCCAAGCUGUGUGCGUUCUACCCAGGAAGUGCCUCUGAAAUCAACCAGCUACAUGAACGGUGCGGCCUCCCUUCGGUGGAGGAGUGUAAAUCCUUGGCGGAAGCAGCCGUCGGUGAAGGAGAUUUAUUCUCGGCGGUUAAAUUCCACCUGCUGAGCUCCGAGCCUGAAAACGCCCUGAACAUCGGCAUCGAUCACGUUAAAGAACAGCUGGCGGGCUCUGAUUGGACGGUGGACAGCGUCCAGCCGAUCCUGGACCUGAUGAGUUACAUCAGGACCGACAGACUCCUGGUGGCCAAGCUCACAGAAGCCCGGAGUGAGCUGCUCAUCCUCUGUGGUUAUAUUGGAGCUCUACUGGCCAUCAGGAGACAAUACUCCAGCAUCGUACCCGCACUCUACGAAUACACCAGUCAGCUGUUGAAGCGAAGGGAGGUAUGUGUUCCUCUGAAGAUCGAGCAGCUUUCAGUGGAGCUGGACGCCUGGCGAGCCUGUACACAAACCAACGGCAUUCCUCCGUCAGAAUAUCAGAGAGAAGAGUUCAGCUGCCUCGAGAGGAGAAUCCAGCCGACGGACUCUGCCUCGUUGGUUCUGUGCGGUGCCGACUACGUGACCGGCUCCAACCUCCCGAGCCACUCGGACCUUCAGCUUUCAUGUUUCACCGGACACAGGAUACAGGGUCCAGUGUUUUUGCUGGAGGACAGUAAAUCAGCGAUCUCCCUCAACGACGCCUUAAUGUGGGCGAAGGUCAACCCCUUCUCUCCGCUGGGAACAGGACUCCGCAUCAACCCCUUCUAACGCAGAGGUUAGAGAGAAAGCAGAGGUGGAACACUGGGCCUCCAGGGUCGGCAGCGCCUGCAGAGCUCCGCGUUGGUUAGCGUAGCGGUUAGCGUGACGAGACCUGAGGCGACGGGACGGGAGGAUGGUCUGUGGCUGAUGGGACUUAACUGGAGAAUGAAGCCGAACUCUUCUACUGCUGUAAAAAGAAAACACUGGAAUAAAACUACCACAGAAUAUUUAGACCAGACUUGAGAGUUUCUUUGUAAAAAAAAAAAAAAAACACCAACAACAAACCGUAACAAAGCUUUUGUUUCACGUCUGGUUCUACAAACUGAAAAAGUCAUAUUUGAUUUAAAUGUUCCAACAGUUACAGUUUUCAUCAGUGUCUCAGACUGUGAGUGAAUUAAAUGAAAAACUUUGACAC